CCCAUAUUGUUGUAGGCAUUAAUAAGCUCAGCUAAGAUCAGCACACAGCUGUAGAAAAUAAAUAGCCGAAGAAGAAGAAGGAGAGUAAGACAAAGAGAGAGAGAGAGAGAGAGAGAGAUGGCAUUUCUGAAAGAAUAUUUUCUCUUCUUAACAAAAUUUUCCCUGGUUUUCUUCACUUCAAUCACUGCCAUUGCUGCUUUGAGCACUAAGCAGCAAGAGCUAGAUCGAAUCUCAGCUCUUCCUGGACAGCCACCAGUUAAGUUUCGACAGUUUUCAGGCUAUGUAACAGUCCAUGACAGCCAUGGAAGAGCUCUCUUUUACUGGCUUACAGAAGCCACCGCCACUCCGGAGAAGAAGCCUCUUGUUCUUUGGCUCAAUGGAGGGCCCGGUUGUUCAUCAGUGGCCUAUGGAGCCUCGGAAGAAAUAGGACCUUUCAGGAUUAACAGAACUGGUUCAUCUCUUUAUCUCAAUAAUUAUUCCUGGAAUACAGAAGCAAAUCUUCUCUUCCUUGAAUCACCUGCUGGAGUUGGAUACUCCUACACAAAUACAACCUCCGAUCUUAAAGAUUCUGGUGACAAGCGUACAGCUCAGGAUGCUCUGAUAUUUCUCAUCAGAUGGAUGUCCAGAUUUCCACAAUACAAAUACAGAGAAUUUUACAUUGCUGGGGAAAGUUAUGCAGGGCACUAUGUUCCCCAGUUGGCCAAGAAAAUCAUCGAUCAUAAUAAAUCCAAUUCACGCCCCGUCAUCAAUCUGAAAGGCUUCAUUGUAGGAAAUGCUGUUACAGACAGCUACCAUGACAGCAUUGGAACGGUUUCAUACUGGUGGACACAUUCAAUGAUUUCCGAUCAAACAUAUAAAUUGAUCCUCAAAUAUUGUAACUUCACAGCAGAGAAGAGCUCUAAGGAAUGUGACACUGCUGUAAAUUAUGCAAUAUAUCAUGAAUUCGGAGACAUAGAUCAGUACAGCAUUUAUACACCAUUUUGUAUGCAACUUCCUAAUCAAACAACAAGGCCUUUGAGGCUGAAAAAUACUCUUUUGCGGAGAUGGGUUUCUGGAUAUGAUCCUUGUACUGAGAAUUAUGCAGAAAAGUACUAUAAUCGUCCGGAUGUCCAGAAGGCACUGCAUGCUAAUAUUACAGGAAUUCCAUACAAAUGGACAGCCUGCAGUGAUGUUCUUAUUAGUAAUUGGAAGGAUUCUGAAGAUUCUAUGUUGCCAACAUACACAGAGCUGAUUAAAACUGGUCUCAGAAUCUGGGUUUUCAGUGGAGACACAGAUUCAGUGGUUCCAGUGACAGCCACAAGGUUUUCCCUUGGCCAUCUCAAUCUGCCAAUCAAAACUCCAUGGUAUCCUUGGUAUUCAGGCAGCCAGGUUGGAGGCUGGACAGAAGUUUACCAAGGGCUUACAUUUGCUACAGUCAGAGGAGCAGGCCAUGAAGUUCCACUAUUUCAACCCAAGAGAGCUUACAUUCUUUUCAAAUCAUUUUUAGCAGGAAAGGAAUUGCCAAAGUCAUGACGCAUUUCCUGGAGAAGAUAACUACAAUUUAUUGCAGAACUUCCCUAUAAAAAUUAUGGGUGAAGCCACUAGAGUAGCAAUGAUUCAUUCAAAUUAGUAUUUGUAUUAUUGAGACACCUUAAAUUUGUUGUGUUAUAGCAGGAAGCAGCAGAAGAGAGAUCUAAGAUCUUUUCUGUUAAGCAAAAUAGCCUCUUGCCUGCAUCUCUCUUGCAAUUUGUUA